UUCAAAGAAAUUACGUGGGGGUUAAAAUGCAUUUUUAAAAGGACAUUUAUGCAACACUGACAAAAAAAUAAGUUACGUUAUUAGAUAGACUAAAUAUAGAACAGAGACAGCAGUAUUAGAGACAGCAUAUACAGAGAACAAGUUUUCCAACAGGUAAACUACUCGGUCUCCAGACAAAAACCUCAUGCCCACACCAGCAGACACCCACCCUUAAAUGGCAAAAUUAAAAUGGCCUAGCCUGAUCUCAACAACCUAACCAGAAUAUUACCAUAUUAACAAUACUAUGCUAUAAUGAGUAGUACCAUCACUCCUUACAAUAUUCCUUUAUAACUUAUUGUAAUUUAACGGGAGAGACAAAGAGGAUAAAACAUGAAUUUGGCAGUGGUACGAAAUACCCGUGACGCUAACUUUUUUCUGUUAAACUUGAAAGUGACCUAAAAAAAGAAAGAGAAUGGAAAUAUGGAGGUAAGCUCUUCACGAUUGAUUGAUCACUUCGAAAGCAAAUUUAUCACAAUGGCAAUGCAUUCAAUAUUUGGGCCGUUCACGUGAGAAGGCGUGGCUUGAGUUGGCGCAAAGCCACGCCCCUCGGUUAUCGCAGGGGGAAGUUGGCCCGCUGCGAGCGCGCCUGUAAUGUUAGAAACUACGUUAGCUAUCCACCCACAAAAUGCAGCACGCAGGUGGCAGUACCCCACCUGCUCAAUAGUACCAGCCACCAAUAAACUGAAGACAAAAGAUGGACACAAGCGAGGGAACUGUAAUUGGAGUAUUUACUUGUGAGCAAUGUGAUUUGUCAAGCCCAUACACGUUUUAUGGCCAAAAACCCCCCAACACUAGAGCUAUUGUGCUUUUGGAGGAAUGCUAUGGUAUGCGUGAUCCCUUCAACCCAGAAAGAGAGAAGUUCCUUGUGUUGGGUUCCAAGUGUUGUUUGUGUAAAAAGACUGUGUGUGUUGGAACGAGAGGCAGCUGUAGACAGCCAUACCUUCCCAAUGUCGCUUAUGUCUGCCUUAAUUCAGGAGUGCAGCAUCUUCUACACCAAACGGUUCUGCUUGCCGUGUGUGAGGGAACACCUGGAGCAGUUUCCAGAGCAGAUUCAAAUGGAGCUUGCCAAGAAAAAAACUGCUAAGAAAAUGUAAUGUCCAGGAAACGCGCUCAUCUGCUGUGGACAGAACCUUUUUUCUGACUUUAUUACUUUUUCACUUUUUUUUUUUUUUUUUUGAAGGGCACUUUUUAAAUGGACUCCAUCUUGCUUUUGACUGUGUAUGUUAGUGGUCUCCUGAAUGCAAGACAACAGGAUAAGUAACAUGAGAUGGAGACAAAGUUACAUGAUAGAAUGCUUGUAAAGACAAAUGUCUGCGACGGCAUGUUUGUGUUAGCUUGGCAGUAUAGCUUUGACAAUGUUGUUGGCUUGAUGGUUCAGGCGCAGCUUUUGGGAAUGUUUGUUGAGUUGCUGCUAUUCCUGAGAGAAAGCCACUGACAAAAAAUUGCUCCUCAGUGGGAGGAAAUUUGCUUUAAUGGAUAAAUUAUGAUUGCCAAGAAUGUAUCUGAGGCUUGGUUUUUCAGUGAGGUAAGGUUGGGGAAAAAUCCAUUGUUGUCCUGCAGUUCACACUCUGAUAUGGUGAUGCCUCGAUUGGUAGAAUAUUUGAAAGCGUUUGGUGAACUCUGUUGGUAAUAUCAGAAAGAUAAAAGUACAAAUCCUGGUUUUAAAACUGAAAUCAGAUUGAGAAAAGCUACACCUGACAUCCUGUAAACUGUGACAUCUUACCAUUACUUAGCGGCUGAUGUCAAAGAGUUUUUAAAAUGCAAAAUAUAAACGUUGAUAAACUA